CUUGAGCCCAGGGCUUUGUUCCCACUUUAAAUAGCAGUCCCAGCAUGAUUUUGCUUCAGACUCUGGAAAGCAGGAGCUGAAUUCCGGACAAUCCCACAUCGAUGAAAGCAAAGGGAAGGCACCAAGACAUCAUCAUGUCCACCUCGCUGCGAGUCAGCCCAUCCAUUCAUGGCUACCACUUCGACACGGCUGCCCGCAAGAAAGCUGUGGGCAACAUCUUCGAAAACAUCGACCAAGAAUCUCUGCAAAGGCUCUUCAAAAACUCUGGAGACAAGAAAGCCGAGGAGAGGGCUAAGAUCAUUUUUGCCAUUGAUCAAGAUUUGGAAGAGAAAACAAGAGCCCUGAUGGCCCUGAAGAAGCGGACGAAAGACAAGCUUCUCCAGUUUCUGAGACUGCGGAAAUAUUCCAUCAAAGUCCACUGAGGACAGGAGUGUGGCUAGGAAGAACGGACAUUUAACGACCAACAGUGAGUUUAUGAGACCCGGGGACACACAACGCUGAGUUGUGCCUUGUGAGCUUCUCAGGACUCGGGAGCCCUGAAGCAACAGAACUCACUGGGUACCGCGACUGACACAAUUCCAGGCACUAGGCUGUGACAGUGGAGGACAAAAUGCUUUCAGCCAGGACUGCAAAUGCUCCUGCAGGAAAGGACUGCUGCCGGUGCCAAGGGAAGAGCCCGAGUUUAGGCAGAUGUCAUAAGAACUGAAGAAAACAGAUGGUUCUGGGGAGGGAAAAAAAUGCAUCCAGGGUUACUUUAUCAGACUCUUAAAACUUCAAUUCACCGUGAACUUUUCAAACAACAAAACCAAAAUUGGAUUGGGGAGGGUAGAAGAGGGGAAUGGAGAAAGAAAAUAGUAUGCUCAAAGUGUUUACUGAAUUUUUCUAUUUGAAUGUUCACAAUGUUGCCAAGCCUUCCUGUUGCCUUUUGGUAAAGCAUUUUUAGAGAUCGGUAAUUAUUUAUUUACAUUUAUUACAAUGCUUGAAAAUGUGCAUCAUGUGGGUGUAAGUGCAAAUUCAUGAACUUUAAUAUUCUUAGCAGCUUAGUUGAACCAUAUAUCAUUCUCUGGUUUGUAACGACUUUUAGACAUUUAAAGUUGGUUGCACAAAAGUUAAAAUAAUGGGGUUCUUCAUAAAUCUAAAGUACUGUGAAAAUAUUUUAUAAUGGUUUUUAUCUUCUGACUAAUGCUCAAAUAUAAUCUAAUGAGAGUUCUUUCAGUUAUUACAGUAAGCAUUGGGAAAUGAGUAUGAUACACUAAAUAGUUGAUGAAGAUGCUAUGGUUUCUAUAAUUUAUUAUACAUGGCAAGUGAGAUGCAACCACAAUAAAUUAUUAUGAACUUA